GGAGCGUCGGGCUCCACCCUCCCGGGUCCUGUCCCCACACCUGGUGUUUGGGCGUGCCUCAGUUUCCCAGUAGCAGGGCGUUCCGCCAGCCCCGCUCCUCCCCCUUUGCCUCUUCCUCUUCGGGGCGUCGGUGGCGGCGCCUGGAGCUCCCGGAACUACAGCAGACCGCGGCGGUGGGCCGGCGGGGGCCACGUCAGCGGGUGGCGGGGCUGUGCGGGCACCAUGCGGCGGGGCGCCCUCCUGGCCGCUGCCCUGGCCGCCUACGCCGGGUACCUGGCGCUAGGCGCACUGCUGGUGGCUCAGCUGGAGCGGCCGCACGAAGCCCGGCUGCGGGCAGAGCUGGGGACGCUGCGGGAGCAGCUGCUGCGGCACAGCCCGUGCGUGGCGGCGCCCGCCCUGGACGCCUUCGUGGAGCGGGUGCUGGCGGCCGGACGGCUGGGGCGCGCAGUGCUGGCCAACGCCUCGGGACCCGCCAACGCUUCGGACCCCGCCUGGGACUUCGCCUCCGCGCUCUUUUUCGCCAGCACCCUGGUCACCACCGUGGGCUAUGGCUACACCACCCCACUGACGGAUGCAGGCAAGGCCUUCUCCAUCGUCUUUGCGCUCCUGGGCGUGCCCAUCACCAUGCUGCUGCUGACUGCCUCGGCCCAGCGCCUGGCACUGCUGCUCACCCGUGCACCCCUGUCCUGGCUGAGCUUGCGCUGGGGCUGGCACCCCCAGCGGGCAGCCCGCUGGCACCUGGUGGCCCUGCUGCUGGUCAUAGUGACUGUCUUCUUCCUGGUGCCCGCGGCGGUCUUCGCCUACCUUGAGGAGGCCUGGAGCUUUCUGGAUGCUUUCUACUUCUGUUUCAUUUCUCUGUCCACCAUUGGCCUGGGGGACUAUGUGCCUGGGGAAGCCCCGGGCCAGCCUUACCGGGCCCUCUACAAGGUGCUUGUCACAGCAUACCUCUUCCUGGGCCUGGUUGCCAUGGUACUGGUCCUGCAGACUUUCCGCCAUGUGUCUGACCUCCACGGCCUCACCGAACUCAUCUUGUUGCCCAACCCGGACCCUGCCAACCUCAGCCAGGACGAGGAUGAUCAGGUGGACAUUCUGGACAGCCGGACAGAUCUGCACCAGCACCUCUCUGCUGGCUCCCACGCUAACUACGCCUCCAUCUCCAGGUAGCUGGGCAGAUGCCCUCAGCCUGGACACACCUGGCCUGGGCGUUGGGCCCCGCGUGACCAGGGUACACCAACAGGGAUGCCCACACACACUCUCCUGUCUUCAUAGCACUCCACCCCAAGGUGAGGAGUAGCUGCUCUGCUCCCCUGUCCUCGGCUCCUCAGGGAACCACCAGAGCCAUUGUCUCCUCCUUUCUUUCCCCCUAUUUCUUCUCCUACUCUGACCCCUCGGGCACUCUUGGUGGAGUGGCGGUUGACUUAAUAUGUUGUUUUGUGUCACGCUCUUUGGUAGCGUCGUCACACAUCAGUUGCUGGUCCUUCUGGGCUCUGGGCCUGGACUUGACUUCUGUCACUGUGUUGGUGACUCUCUCCUGGCCAAAUGACUUUCCCAUUCUGACGCGAAGAAUAUCCGAACUCAUCCACAGACCCUCGCUUCCGUCCUGCUGUUCUGUGCCAGUCACACAGUAACAGCAGAAGAGGCUUGGACCCUGGUCUUAUGGGGCUCACCGGUCAGUGAGGUAGACUUGUCCCUUGACAGUGACAAACCUCAACAGGCAUUGGAAGAGGCAGAGUAGUUAGGACUGAGGCCUGGACCUGAAAUGUCCAGGUGGGCUUCCUGGAAGAAGGGACAAAGACUAACCCAAGACCUUCAAGAGGAGAAAUUGUCCCUUCUCAGGUGUCUACGGGUUACAGUAUCUGUGGGAAGAGCCCUCGGAUGGGCCAGCAUCUCUCUCACUGGCUUAGCAGGCAAGGAGCUAAUCCAGGGUAUGAGCCCAAAUCCAAGUGCUGUAAGAGGUGCCACUUAGCACGGUCUCAUGGUGAUGCUGUGUUGUCUGUUUACUGGGCAUGGCGGGGGGGUGGCGGCCCUGGGCUCUGGGGCUGGUCUUCCUGGGUGUACCCUGUAACCGGGCUAUGUCCUGCACAUGCAUAUGAACAGUCACUCUACUUCUGGGACCCUGUGUCUACCAAACGGUGACCAGAAUAAUGACUCCCAAAGAUGACAUCAGCCAGGAAUCGGAGCUGAGGCAGGAGACUUGAGAGUUCCAGCCCAGACUGGGAUACACAGCAGGAGCAGGCAAUAAAAUAAUAAAGUAAUAAAGAUAAUGAUAAAUACAUAUAAGCAAAGGGAUAGAGUGCCAGGUUACAGACACGAGAGGAGGCACACACCCUCAUGGCUGCUGGGACUGUGUGUUUGUGUUUAUAUCACUCUGGAAGGGUUUGGCUGUAACAGACCGGGGUGACUAGCAGUAUCUGAGAUAACCUAAUUGUUACAUUGUACUUGGUCAGAGCACGCAGGGACUAGCCACAGGCAUGAUGCUCUCCACAGCUAUGGAGGGUCUGUUGGCCCUGACUUCAGUCUCUCUCUUCCGCUUCUCUCCACCGAAGGCUCUCAUGUGUGCUCUCCUCCCGGUGUCCAAAUGGCUGCCACACAUCCGGGCAUCAAAAACAGACAUGCUCUUUGUAGUUCAAGCUAUAGAAACUUCAACUGGUGUACUGAAAAAAAUUUUUUUUCUUCUGAGACAAGGUUUCUCUGUGGAGUUUUGGAGCCUGUCCCGGAACUUGCUCUGUAGACCAGACUGGCCCUGAACUCAGAGAGAUCCGCCCGCCUCUGCCUCCCGAGUUGCUGGAACUAAAGCCACCACUGCCCAGAUGUACUGAGAGUUUUAAGGAAGGCUGGCUCAUCAUCAAAUAGUACUAGAAAGUCACACAAGGAAACUAGGGCUAUGGAGGCUAGCGGAGGCUAGAGAGGCCAGCUAGGGCAACAAUACAAAACUCCAAAGGGAGAUCCGGAUGAUCUCAGUGGUGGAGCAUGUCUGUCCCAGGUGCUAAGCAAAAAACAUUACAGUUAUAGGAGCCGGGACCAUGGCUCAGCCAGGGAGACACGAAGACCUGAGUUUAGCCCAGAACCUACAUAAAAAGGCUAGGUGAGGCUGAGCAGGACCUGUAAUCCCACUCCGAAGGGGUGGGGCUAAGGGUCCUCAGAGCAAAUCAGUGGGCUCCAGGUUCCACGAAAGCUCCAGCUUCCAAAACUAGGCUGGAAAGCCGGGCGUUGGUGGCGCACGCCUUUAAUCCCAGCACUCGGGAGGCAGAGGCAGGCGGAUCUCUGUGAGUUCGAGGCCAGCCUGGUCUACAGAGCGAGUUCCAGGACAGCCUCCAAAACAAUACAGAGACACCCUGUCUCAAAAAACCAAGUAAUAAUAAUAAUAAUAAUGUGGAAAACUAUUGAGGAAGAAACUGGAUAUUAAACUCUGGCUUCCACAUGCAGAUUCAUACACACACACAAAUUUAAAAAUAUGAGCCAGCAAAAUAUCGCAUCAGGGGAAAGUGCUUGCUGUGUAACCCUGACAAUCUGAGUUAGUGCCACCCUUGGAUCCCAGAUUUUAUUCCGUAUCACAGGAAGUCCUUUGACCUCCACACAAGUACAGCUGUGUCAAUUGAUUUCCCAGGUCUCUACACGCACAUAGUCUACACAAGAAGCAGCAGUAUGUAGAUGUGCAUGUUAUCAUCCCCCAUGCUAUGGGGCAGCAUGCAGAACGGGAGUCAUGGGAAGUGGUAACGGUUACUAGCUCUAAAGGCAAAGCUCUGUGUCUAAGUUUGAACCCUGUUGUCCCAUGUUUCAUUUGUGCCCCAGGUUGCCUGUUUGUGUAUUGGGAUUUAUAUAGCACUACCUCAUGGACUUGAACAGCCAGCAAUUUAAUCCCUGUAAAUCCCAGAGGAUACCAUCUGGGAGCCAAUAGAAUGCUAAUUUUCCCCUUGUCUCUGAAAUCUGCAUCAUAAUAAGGAAGAUCGCUUAAAAUAGAAAUGAUUUAAUAUCAUGUCCUAUUGUAUUGUUAUUAAAAAUUUUAUCUCUGUGUA